CAAAACUUUCCAAACCCUUCUCUCUCUCUCUCUUUUCUUUCUUCCCCUCCCUUUUUUUUUCUCUUUUUUAUCAUUCAACAUUUUGCAAAAGAAUCCUUUCAAGCUGGCGAUCGAGAAUCAAGAAACCACCGUCCGGGAAUUCAAGCCCAAGAACCGGCGAAUCAUGGGAGCCGGAGGGCCAGAGGACGAAGACAACAGGUGGCCGCCAUGGCUGAAACCUCUGCUGAAGGAGAGAUUCUUCGUCCAAUGCAAGCAACACGCCGAUUCUCACAAGAGCGAAUGUAACAUGUACUGCUUGGAUUGCACUAAUGGCGCCCUCUGCUCUCUCUGUUUAUCCCACCACAAAGACCACAGAGCCAUUCAGAUUAGGAGGUCUUCGUACCACGAUGUGAUCAGAGUGAAUGAGAUUACAAAGUAUUUGGACAUCUCCUCUGUCCAGACUUACAUUAUCAACAGUGCCAAAGUCGUCUUCUUGAAUGAACGCCCGCAGCCCAGGCCCGGUAAAGGCGUCACCAAUACCUGCGAAGUUUGCGAGCGCAGCCUCCUCGAUUCUUUCUGCUUCUGUUCUCUGGGCUGCAAGAUUGUUGGAACAUCCAAGAACUUCGUGAGAAGGCCGGAGAAGAAGAGGGCGGCGGCGGCGGCGGGGGGCUCGGAUUCGGAGGAGUCGUACAGCAGCAGCAGCCGUGGCAGGGCGGCGGCGCAGCAGGGGAGCAGAAUACAGAGCUUCAGUCCAUCGACGCCACCGCAAACUUCUGUUAAUUACAGAACUGCCAAGAGAAGAAAGGGUAUUCCGCACAGGGCCCCGAUGGGAGUGCUGAUAAUUGAGUACUGAGAUUUGCUCAUCGCCCCUUGAUAUCCCUCAUAAUUAUGCGAAACCCCCCUACAUUAUACUGUUUUCUAGUUUUUUACCCCGACACUAGUGCUUUUUGUUCACCCCGAAGGCCAGUGUUAAAUAUGCCUUCUUCUUCCAUCUAUAGCCGCCGUAUAUGUUUGUAGAUAUAGUAGAAGCCGCCGCCGCCGCUAAUAGUAAUAUGUGGAAAAUGCAGGGAGCAGAAAUGGAAAUAAAGCAUUGUGCAAGGACCUAUGUCUAAAUACUCUAUAGGUACAACUUUGGGCUAUGAAAAUAAAUAAAGCAUAUAUAUCUAAUGUACAAAUAUAGCUUGAAUGUGAAAUGUCAGUUAUGACCUUCUAGAGUGUUUAUACAUAUAAAGUUUUAGUAAUUUCUUUAUAAUAAAAAAAUACGAAAAUGUUUAUAUACAUAUUCAUAUUCCCUUGGUGUUUAUAUGUGGCUGGCAUUGGUUUUCCUCUUUGGGCUUUAGAUUUUCCGGAUCAACCAGGUAUCAUUCUUCAAUGCCCUCAAUGCACCUUGACACGCCAAAACCGAAAGCGAACUCAACACAUCAUAGGCGGUCAUACGGAGGGAAACACAAUCACAGAAGUGAAGGCCUUUGCUCCUUUGUUAAAAAAAACAUUAAAUAACAUCAAGUCAUGAUGCCACGUGUCAAGACGUGUAAACGUUAGUGUGUACCCACGCAUCACUCCAACUAGUAUCCAAAGAGAGUGUAGCAUUCCACGUAGCUACUGCCCACCUCUGCGUUCUAGAAAGACAUUGCGCCCUCUCCGUCAUUGUCUGACCGGGUCUUAGGGGGCCCUCGAGAAUAAGACGCAUCCUUUUUU